UUCGCUGGUACACAAACAUGGCGGCGCACAUAUGCACGAGAUUUUGUAUAAAUAAAUUCAGAGAAUCUAUUACAUUUAUCCAGCGAAGGUAUCGAGUUAAAACAAAAUGGGCAGCUACAAGGCCCAAGUUUCCUGCCACUGAUCUUGCUCUGCAAAACUUCGAUACAUCCUACAACAUGCAAUUAGGGGACCUGUGGCCGUCUGUUCGAGUGGCCAUGCUGUCUGAACAAAAGUAUGGAGCAUUGAUAAACAACUUCUCUUCAACGUCUAAUGUAAUCUCAGACUUGGAAGCCCAAGGAUGCAGAGACUUCAUCAAUGUUGAAUGUUCCAGAAAUGAGGCACAUCAACAUUCACAGGACUCCAACCCCUUGCACAGAAACAUAUUGAAACCUGCUGAUCUUCAUCCUAGUAUAAGCCCUGAUAUCAAAUGUCUUGUUUUUCCUCAAGGAGACAUAUCUCGAUUCAAACCUGCAAGACCAGACAGCAGUGGCUUACUAGGAUAUUAUCUCCUGGAUGCUGCCUCAGUGCUACCUGUGCUAGCUUUGGAUGUCCAGCCAGGACAGACAGUGCUGGACCUGUGUGCUGCUCCUGGGGGAAAGACCCUUGCUCUCCUGCAGACACAUACAGUCGAUUUUCUGUGGGCAAACGAUUUAUCAGGUUCUCGCACUGCACGGCUACGCAGGACUCUGCAGAGCUACCUGCCCAAAGAGUUCCUGGAGGAAGACAAAAUCCACAUCACUUCCAUUGAUGGUCGGAAAUUAGGCCUGACAGAGGAGAAAAGCUUUGAUAGAGUCCUUGUAGAUGUUCCCUGCACUACAGACAGACACUCUGUAAUGGUGGAAGAGAACAAUUUAUUUAAGAGAUCCAGGACAAAAGAGAGACAGCAACUUCCCCUCUUGCAAACACAGCUUCUUGUGGCUGGGAUCCAGGCCACGCGAAAGGGUGGAGACAUAGUGUACUCGACGUGUUCCCUGUCCCAGCUGCAGAAUGAGUGUGUGGUGCAGCAGGCCAUAAGUCUCGCUCUAGAGGAGCUGGGAAUCACAGUGCAGGUUCAGGACCUCAGAUGGUUCACUCAACGCUUUUUUGAUUCUUUCCACUUUGCUCCACAGUUAAAUGUCGGGGAACUGGUUUUACCACAUUUAUGUGCCAACUUUGGACCAAUUUAUUUGUGUAAGUUACGACGAAUGAAUUAGCUAGACUUUCAAAUAUUGUUAGACCACAGCUAAAGGGAUAGUUCACCCAAAAAUGAAAAUUCUCUCAUCAUUUACUCACCCUUAUGCCAUCCCAGAUAUGUAUGACUUUCUUCUGCUGAACACAAACAAAGAUUUUUGGAAGAAUAUCUUGGCUUUGUUGGUCCUUACAAUGCAAGUGAAUGGUGACCAGAUCUCAGAAGG